AAAUUAGAAUGUAUUCCUGGCAUAAUUGAAGAAUUAUUAGAUACUCUUUUAAAAGCUGGGGCUGAUAUAAAUUCUAAAGGUAAAAAGUAUACACCACUAAUAGCUCUUUGUAGAUAUGGAGAUAUAAAUCUUGUGAAAAACUUGUUGCAAAAAGGUGCAGGUGUUAAUAUAACCUGCGCAGGUCAAAGUCCAUUGACAACUGCUUUUAGAUGAUGUGUAUCUUAAACCGCCUAUGAUAGCGUGUAUACAUGGUCAUACAAAUAUCAUUGAGAUAUUGUUAGAAGCUGGAUGUGACAUAAAUAUGCAAAAUCGUAUCGAAACACCUUUGUCAGUUGUCUGUGCCUAUGGAUAUGUUAGUGUUGCCGAGUUUCUACUGAAAGCAGGAGCUGAUGUAAAUUUACCAGUUUUUUAUUAUACAUCAAAGCGUGUUUUUACUACACCACUAAGAGAAGCUUAUCGGAGUGGCAAUUCGAAAUUAAUAGAUACAUUACUGAAAUGGGGUGCCAAAGAAGAUGGAGAAAACAAAUCUACAUUAAACGUUGCAGCUGAAUGUGGCCAUAUAAAACUUGUAGAGGACAUUUUAAGUUCAGAAAUUACUAUUAAAAACGAGGAAGGAUACACAGCACUUGAAAUGGCAUGUAUCAAAGGCCAUGUAGAUGUUGCAAAAAAACUUUUAUUGAGAUUUACAGACAUUGCUGAUAAAGACAAAAUAAAAUUACUCGAACAUGCCUGUCAAGGAGGCCAUUCAAAGGUAGUCAAAGAACUUUUAGAAGCUGGGGCGGAUUACAAGCCACGGACAGAUAACUUCUCCCCAUUACUACUCGCUUGUCUCUUUGGUCAUCGAGAGGUAGCAAAAGAACUGAUUCAUUUUGGGGCUGACGUCAAUUUAAUUGAACCUUAUUCUGACUGUCAUUCGAUACCAUUUAUACUUGCUUGUAAAUCAGGGCAUUUCAACAUGGUACAAGAUUUGAUUAAAUUAGGAGCGGAUGUAAAUUUACAAAAGGGAACAGAAACACCAAUGACAGCUCUGUUCCAAGGCAUACGAUGCACUUGCGAAGGCGAGAAAAUGGAAGUAGAGUCCGACACAUCUUUAGAAAUACAAUUGAAAGACCGGGAACCAACUGAAAAAAUAUUUUCUACGUUUCAGCAAUUAAUUCAAUGUAAAGCUGACGUAACAAUUUGUAAUAAGUAUGGCGAGUCUCCAAUUUACCUUGCUCUUUUACGAAACAAGAAAAAUUUAUGUAAGCUUCUCCUAGAAACGGAAAAUACAAAUGCAAGACUUAAACUGAACAGACAUCUUUUUGAUGUUCUUGUUCAGAUCCGACAGGCUGAUGUGAAAGCUGAUGAUAAAGACGAUAUCAUUACAAAAAGUAACAAAACAUGGGUCUUAAAUACAUCGUCAGAAUCAUAUCGCACUGUGUGCGACGAUGGAUGUGAAUUUCUUAAUCAUCUGCUAAUUGUAUGUUUUAAUGUAAACCAGUACGUACAGAUUUGUUUUGAUGAUGACCUUGAUGCCCAUUAUGCAGACGAUGAUGCAGGUGAUGGUAAUGAUGAUGAUUUUUAUAUAUGUGUCAAACCUCUCCUUUUUACCUUAAUAUCUAUCCAUUCAGCUGAAGUGUCUGAAAAAGUAAGAUUAUUACUUGAUGCUGGAGCAAACGUCAACAUCCGAUUGCCCCAAACAAAGGACACCAUUGCUUUCAACAGUGAAGACUGCCAUCCUGUUCUAGACAGAUAUGGCAUAUCUCUUCUUGAAAUGACAAGGCGAGCAAAGUUAACAGGAAAUCGUUUACCUCCAUCGGCUUGCGUCGAUAGAGAAAAAGUUGCCCGGGAUUAUAAUGAUGUCAUGUCUCAAUUAAAGAGGCGUAUUAGAAGAAAUUCUUUUUAA